GGUGACGGUACACACCGCGUUCUUCGCCCCCAUAACAAGCAAACACAAUAUUGAUACCUCGGUGAAAGCUCUCCCGCGCUAAAAUGGCAGUUUGAAGGCGUGCGGCGGCUAUCUUGCAGCGGCAACAACUCGGCAGUGCAACGGCUAAGUGCACUGGCUAUUUCUGGCAAAAUGGCGUCUCUCUCGGCAAUCACCCUCAGCUUUGCUGCCGUCGACAGCAGUACGGAACCCCUCGACUUGUUAACGUCACCAGACUCCCCUGUGUUUUCAUUCACCCGUUCACGGCUACCACUGAUCAGCAGCAGCCAUGACACUCUCCCUUGCCUUGGAGGACGUGGAGGCCCUGUACUUAGGGCCCUCGUUUCUGAUGGCUGACCCGAUGGGGCCCCUUCUGGACCAAGAUGAAGAAGAAGCUCUUUCUCCCUCCUCCUCUCUAGAGGGGAAGGCGCCAGCUUCGCCCCCCCUCUCUUUCUCCUCCUAUGCAUCCUCUCUGUCUCCCUAUCAGACUAUGUCGUCCUCCCCGCUCUCCUCUACCUCCCCUCCUCCCUCUCCUCCUCCUCCAAACUAUCCCUCCUCGUUCCUGGGAACCAAGGCCGGAGCGGACUCGCUGUCCCUCCCCUGGCUGGCUGCCACUGACCUGCUCGAAGCCCACGUGAGAGCAGAAGAUGGCAAAGCAGAUGAUGCUUUUGCGGGCAUGGACUGGAUGUCAGAGAAAAUCGACCUGAGUGAAUUUGAUUUGGAUUCCCUCAUUGGCUCCUGCUCAUCCGAUGAGUCUCCCAGCUCCCCCGAGGAUCUCCUGGCAUCUCUCGACUCCCACAUGGAUCUGGAUCUCGACUCAUUCGACGCAGCCGUCCCCGCCCCGCAUGACAGCCUGGAGCUGAGUCUGUCGCUGCCCAGCAUGCCCUUUGUCCCUCUGGAGCUCCCUCUUCCCGCGGCAGCUGAGACCAAGACAGAGGUGGCUCCCGAUCAGGAUGUCGUUCUGAAGUCUGAGCCUCCAUCCCCAGCUCCCUCUCAGUCUCCCCCCUCUCCAGCUUACACAUUGGAGCUGGGGAGUGAAGUUGAUGUCCUGGAUGCCGAGAAAACCGCCACAUCCCUCACUGCUACCAUCAUCCCAGAUCCCACUGGAAGCAUUCAGACCACCAACCCCAUUCUGCUCUCCCUUCCCACCUCUGCCCACUUCGUGGUGGUCCUCACCAACAAAGAUGAGUCCUCUGUUGUAUCUCUCCCUGACCAGUCCAUUAAAGCCUCUACAUCAAGCGAUAGUGACAGCGACUCCGGCAUUGAGUCCGUUGCCGAUUCACCGCCUCACCUCCCUUCUCCUCCUGCCACCCCCUCUCCUGCAGCUGGUUCCUCCAGGACCAAACCCUACUCCAAAUCGGAGCCCACUUCCGCUCCCUCCCCCUCAGCCAAGGCCUCCAGGGUCAAAUCAGUGUCUGGCGCUCCCAAAGUGGUGGAGAAGAAACUAAAGAAGAUGGAGCAGAACAAGACAGCAGCCACUCGCUACCGACAGAAGAAGAGGGUCGAGCAGGAGCUCCUGAACGACGAGUGCACAGAGCUGGAGAAGAGGAACCGGGAGUUGGUGGAGAAGGCGGAGUCCAUCAGCAGAGAGAUCCAGUACCUUAAAGAUCUGAUGGAGGAAGUUCGUAAGCACCGCCGCAGCAAGACGAGCUCAGUGGCUUAGAAACCAGAGUGAUGCGGCACAGUCCGCUGUUGCAGUGUAGGGACAGGGUCGUUUCUACUCCAACACUCACAUGCCAUCACAGAGAGAUUAAUUUUGGCAUAAAGAAAUAUGUUUUGAAGAGAUUAAAAACGAAUGGCAUGUGAGGGUGGAUGUAUGAAACUUGCCACUGAACAGAAAAGAGGGAAUGGCUGGAUGCGAAGUGGAAAGCCUCUGUAAGUUGAUGAGAUUAGUGUAGAGCAGGGGGCUGGGAGGUAGUCAGGUGAAGCAUCUGUACAUGCUUGUCUCUCAGUCCCCUGUUAGAUCCCCAUGUGUACUCUCUGCCUUACUAGUAGAUGUGCAAAUAGGCAGGGUGUAUAUUUGUCUUUGUAGACUAGGCAUGCAAAACAUGAGUCACCGUAGCUCCCGGUAGUGUUGUAGACUUGUUAACCCUCGAUGAGAUAUUCCCUCAGAGUAUGACCACACUCCCAGCAUCAUCAGUCAUUAGCCAGACCUCAGCUCCGCGUCAAUAAAAUCACUCCCAUGUCAGUAAAGUGAGACACCACUUCUACCUUGUUACCCACUCCUUUUUAACCCAGUGUCACCCCCAUUCAGACCUUCCUCUAAACAGCUUCAAGUCCAGAAAGGGGCCUCAAUCUAUUUAUCAAUUCCUGGAUGUAACACUGUCAACAUGUUUCUUUUUCGUGUGUGUAUAUAGUUUUGUCUUUUUGCUUGCAGAUCGUGGCUUUUAUUUAAUGCUGGAUUUAAAAACCUGACCAUGUCUUGACUAGAUCAGAGUCUCUUAGCGCAGCUGUUUUGGCCUGUACAAAUGCUUUGUUUCUCUUUUUCUAAUAAAUAUGUCAGUACUCCAA